AUGUCGGGAGUUGAUAGAAUUAGUGCAUUAUCGAAUGAUAUUCUUGUUCACAUCCUUUCUUUUCUAGAAUCUAAAAUGGCUGCAGCAACAAGCAUUCUCUCGAGCAGGUGGAGGAAUCUGUGGUACUCAGUUUCCACAGUGGACCUCGAUGACGCACUCUUCCGAUAUGACAAAGAACUGUUUGUUCGCUUCGCGUACGCGGUUAUGCUAUCGCGAGAUGUAACGCAACCCAUUCUCAAUUUCCGCCUCAAAUUUGAGUAUCCCUCAUGUGAUGAAUGUGAUGUAGAAUUGUGGCUCAACACCGCCAUACAGCGUCAAGUUGAGAGGAUUGAGCUUCAUUCUCGGAUAACAACGUUGCCGAUUGGAAUUCUCACAUGUGCAAGCCUUGUUGUUCUCAAGUUGGAAUUCUUAAUAGUGGACCGUAUUUUAACAGUACACUUACCGGCUCUUAAAACUUUGUAUUUGAUGCGGGUCGUAUUUGCAGAAGAUGAAUAUCUUGGUAUGAUUCUCUCAGGAUGCCCAAAUAUUGAGGACUUGCAAAUCAAUUAUUAUUCUUAUUUUGGGCUAGAAUUCAGUCCUCUUGCCAUCACUUUCCGCAAUCUAAUUCAGAUGAAGCUCUCCGUGUAUGAUUGUAAAUGGGGGUUGCUAGUUGGACUGCUCAAAUCCUGUCCCUUGCUUCAAAUUCUUGUCAUCAGAAAGGAGAAGAAAUCGGUAAGUGGAUUGGAUCCACUAAAUCAGUGUUACACACAAACCGUUCCUGGAUGCCUUUCAUCGCACCUAAGAGCCUGCACUAUAAAAGAUUUUCAUGGUGCUGAUGUUGAUAUUCAAUUUGCAAUAUAUAUUCUGCAGAAUGCAAAUUAUUCGAUAGUCUCAGAACGUUGA